GUAUGAUGCCAUAAAGAUUCCAAAAUGGUCUCCAUUUUCAGAGAUGCACCCAGCUGAUUAUUAUUCUUCUUACACCAAGAACUGCAGUGGGCAAUUUACACAGGAAGAAAUCAGAAACAUUCGAGCACAUUAUUAUGCCAUGUGUGCAGAAACGGAUGCCAUGCUAGGUGAGAUAAUUUCUGCUCUAAAGGAAACAGGACUGCUUGGAAGAACUCAUGUAAUAUUUAGUGCAGAUCAUGGAGAACUUGCUAUGGAACACAGACAGUUCUAUAAAAUGAGCAUGUAUGAAGCAAGUUCCCAUAUUCCCCUCCUUAUAAUGGGGCCAAAUAUUAAGUCACAGUUUGUAUCAAAUAUGGUGUCCCUUGUGGAUAUCUAUCCCACCAUGCUUGAUAUUGCAUGUAUCCCCAUACCAAAAAACCUCAGUGGAUAUUCGCUGAUGCCUUUGAUGUUAGAAAAUGGAGAUUAUAAAGCCCUAUCUAGAAAGUUACAUCCUCCUUGGGUUCUGAGUGAGUUUCAUGGCUGCAAUGUGAAUUCUUCAACCUACAUGCUGCGAACUGACAAGUGGAAAUACAUUGCUUAUUCAGAUGGCCAUUCUGUGUCUCCUCAGUUGUUUGAUCUUUCAACUGACCCAGAUGAACUAACAAAUGUAGCUACAAAGUUUCCAGCAGUCACACAAUCUUUGAACAAAAAGCUCUACCUUAUCAUUAACUAUCCAAAAGUUUCUGCUGCUGUUGAACAAUAUAAUAAACAGCAGUUUAUCAGCUGGAAGCAAAGUUUAGGACAGAAUUAUUCAGAUACAAUAGCUAACCUCAGAUGGCAUUGGAGCUGGAAAAAGAACCCAAAGAAAUUUCAACGUGCCAUUGAUACAUGGAUUAAAGGAAAUAUUAAUUAAUGAAUUAGUAAAAGUUCAGACAACAUGGGUAUAAUGAAUGAUUAUACCUUGCUGCUAUGACGAGUGAACCAUAAAAUCAGGAUUGUUCACUAUUUUCAGCCUCCCCAUCUCCUUAUAUAAAUUCACCCUAUUAACAUGUAAAUAUUGUUAAGUAUUAUGCCAGUGUAUACUGCACUUAACAUUACCAAUUCCUUACUCAGGAUGUGGUAGCCAGAUUCAAAACUGGUUAAGAGGAAAACCUGAUAACGGGUAACAUACUGCUGCCAUUAGUUAUGUUGCAGUGAAAGUGGUGACCCUACCUGUGCAGUAGCAUCAUUGGGUGAAUGCUGAUGCCAUCACAUCUGUGCCUUCCAACAUCUAACAGAAGUAUGUAAGUUGUGGCGUUUGUGCAAUGACAUGGUCAUGCACGUUGUGUCCUUUGACCACCUUACAUUCCAAAUGAUUUGGCUACCCUGAUGGCCUUAUUUCAAUGCAAAAAAUUUCAAGCUCAUCAGCUCCUCCCUCUCUACUCUUAUAAUGUGGCACUGAGGAGAUCAGAACCAUGCCUUUUCCUUUUGACUAAGGUUCUCCAAGUGGUGGCUUGUUUGAUUUUGGUGUUGUAUGAAUCCAGUCCAAUGUUUAUUCAAUAAGCCAUGAAGAAAACAUGGCUUAGUGUGAGGUAUAAAUGCAUUCUAUCUAACACCAAACAAACUAUGUUGUUUAGCCUUAAUUGUGAUUUAAGAGGGUAUCAGAACCUUGGCUCCCCACAGCAUUAUUUGCUUUAAUUGGCAAGGCUUAUGGAAAUUCUCAGUCCAAUAACAUUGAUCCAAAGACUUGUUUAGAUAAAUAAGCCAACUUCAUAAUGCAAUUAUGAAGUUAACUAUGGAUCGAUAAUGAAGCUCAAGCUCAGAUAUUUUGGUCACCUAAUGCGAAGAGAGAUCUCUUUGGAGAA